UCACACGACCUAGAGCUCGUACUUUCUCGCAAAAAAUCAGCACACUUUCUAGACGGCCAAACAGCGUCCAUCUGCAUUUUUACCAAGAACCCUAGAUGUCGACCUCGGGGCAGCCCCAAUUCCGGUACACCCAAACCCCCUCGAAGGUCCUCCACCUCCGCAAUCUCCCCUGGGAGUGCACCGAGGAGGAGCUCAUUGAGCUCUGCAAGCCCUUCGGCAAGAUCGUCAACACCAAGUGCAACGUAGGUGCCAAUCGCAACCAGGCCUUCGUCGAAUUCGCAGAUUUAAAUCAGGCCAUAUCAAUGGUUUCAUAUUAUGCCUCAUCUUCAGAGCCUGCACAAGUUCGUGGCAAAACUGUGUAUAUUCAGUAUUCAAAUAGGCACGAAAUUGUCAACAAUAAAAGUCCUGGAGAUAUUCCCGGAAAUGUAUUGCUGGUUACCAUCGAGGGUGUAGAGGCAGGCGAUGUUAGCAUUGAUGUCAUUCACUUGGUAUUUUCUGCUUUUGGCUUUGUGCAUAAAAUUGCUACUUUUGAAAAGGCUGCAGGUUUCCAGGCCUUAAUCCAGUUCAGCGAUUCUGAGACUGCAUCUGCAGCAAGGAAUGCCUUAAAUGAAAGAAGCAUACCCAGGUAUUUGCUUCCAGAGCAUGUUAAUUCAUGUCACUUGCGUAUUUCCUAUUCUGCACACACUGAUCUGAAUAUCAAGUUCCAGUCUCACAGAAGCAGGGACUAUACAAAUCCGUAUCUUCCUGUGAAUCCUACUGCAAUUGAGGGAAUUGUGCAGCCUGCUGUAGGGCCUGAUGGAAAAAAGAAAGAACUUGAGAGUAAUGUUCUUCUUGCUUCAAUUGAGAAUAUGCAGUAUGCUGUCACUGUGGAUGUUCUUCACACGGUAUUCUCUGCAUUUGGAACUGUCCAGAAAAUUGCUAUAUUUGAGAAGAAUGGUCAAACCCAGGCACUUGUCCAAUAUCCUGAUGUUAGUACUGCGGCAGCUGCCAGAGAAGCCUUAGAGGGACAUUGCAUAUAUGAUGGUGGCUAUUGUAAGCUUCAUCUAUCAUACUCUCGUCAUACUGAUCUCAAUGUAAAGGCUUACAGUGAUAAAAGUAGAGAUUAUACAAUCCCAGAUGCAAGUUUGCUUACGGCACAACAAGUGUCAGGUCUCCCUGGUGUUCCAGGAGCUUGGCAAAAUCCUCAGGCUGGUCCAUUGUAUCAUGGGAAUAAUUUUACUUCAGGAGGUGCUGUGUCGGGUCAGUAUCCUGGUGGACAGGCGGCACCAUGGGAUCCUACCAUGCAGUCGGGCAGACAGCAAUAUGUAUCAGUUCCUGGCACUUAUCCCGGUCAAAAUUUUGCAGCAUCCUCGGUUCCUGGAUACGCCACUGCAGCAGGGCCUGCUGGUUCCUCACCAUUGACACCGACCAGCCAAAUUCCUUCUGCUGUCACUUCCAUGGGAUUUUCUCCAGGGGUUCCAGCAAAUGUGCGACCCGGUGGUGCUUCAUCUCCGGGUCAGCUUCAGCUAGGGGUUCCGCCAAAUGUGCGACCUGGUGGUGCUUCACGGCCUGGUCAGCAUACUUAUUAUGGUCAAUAGGUUGUAUCUUCUCUACUUCAAGUAAAUGCAAGUUGCUAGCAUUCCUAGCGUCUCUGGCUCUCCCAAAAACUUCUACUCUCCAUAUUCAAUUCACUUAUUCUGGAAUUCAUUGUGUCUCUGUGUCAUCAAAGAAAAACCAGUAACUGCUCAAAAUUUUCAAUGUGGCGUCCUUCCAGAUAUUGUAUUGUUCCGAUUUCGGCUGCAUUUGGGAUAUAAAGUGACUUUUUUUUUU